UGGACAGCUGUCCGACUUCCCCGGGGCUCCAGUUCCGCAGUUUAAGGAAGAUUUUGUCCCUGCACGUCCUUCACUCAUCCGCUCAAGCCAUUCGCGCGUUGCUCUUGCUUCGUCACCUAAGGGUCACUCAAUACUGCAGCCAACAUGGUGUCUCCUCAAGUAACCAACCUGGCCAUCAUCGUGGUGGCCAUGCAGCUGGCCAAGAAGAUCCCUUUUGAUGACCCUGAUGUUCUUCUGAUUGUCCGUGGCAUGUAUGUCUUUUCCAACGUGCUCAUCCUGGGUAUCUAUCUCUAUACGCAGUCCAAGAUUAAGAGCAAGAAGGACAUGACUACGUUGAAGUACGUGGAGCCCGCUCCUCUGGGUAGCAACGAGGAGCCCCGUCCGGUGACUACUACCAACAAUGAGUACGACCAGCAGCAGUUGCGCCAGCUGUUCAAGGGACAACUGAUGGGCGUUGGUAUGAUGUGCGUGAUGCAUCUGUACUUCAAGUACACCAAUCCUCUUCUGAUCCAGUCGAUCAUUCCUCUCAAGAGCGCCCUGGAGUCGAACUUGGUCAAGAUCCACGUCUUUGGAAAGCCCGCCACUGGCGACCUCGCACGCCCCUUCAAGGCUGCCAACAGCUUCAUGAGCCAAGGCCAGGUUAAGAGCGAUAAGGCUUCUGUCGAGAACGCGGAGAAGAACUGGAGGGGUGGUGUCAAGGAAGAGUAAACGAUUGGUUAUUGAGGAUAGCAUGCUAGAGUACCCUGUAGUACAUGGCCUUGCUCCUUGUGUACUUUAUAGAAGCGGUGUAAAUUGAGUGGGAGAGCAGGACUAAAUUGGAUUCUUUUCUUUCGAACCUUGCUAAAACCAUGAUUUUGCGCACCGAGUGGAAUAUUCAGGCCUCUAUCUUGUCGAUAUCUGUGCUGGUAUCCUGCGUAUUCUGAUAACGAACGACCCGCAACAAGAUCCGAAAUAUCCGAGUGCAGGGUUUCUGUGUUUUGAUCUCACCUGAUCUGAUUCUGAUCCUAUCAUGCUAUGACUAUCACGCCAUGAAGUCACCGAAAGAUACGCAAUGAUCCGUAAGAAGGGUAUACUGAUGCCGGGCUGUGGGUAAGAUAACGUGUAUUUUGGGUUAGGGAUGGAGACGCUAAAAUCCAUGACCCAGCCUCAAUAGAUCUACCCCUAAGACAUACAUAUCAACUACAGUUCUUGUGUCAACAAAUCAAGUAGUAGAUUAAACCCCGGUGAACGGUUAAGUUUGAUUUGUAACACGAAUGAUUCAUG